AUGCCGAAAUAUGCUAAAUUUCUCAAGGAGAUGCUAGGCAACAAAAAGAAAUUGGAAGAAUUUAAGACAAUCAGAUUGAAUGAGAAGUGCUCAACAAUUUUAUUAAGGAAGCUGCCGCCUAAGCUUAAGGAUCUAGGGAGUUUUACAAUUCCAUGCACUAUAGGCAAUUCUUAUUUUGAUAAAGCGCUCUGUGAUUUAGGUGCUAGCAUCAAUCUAAUGCCAUUUUCUGUGUUUAAAAGGUUGGGUAUGCAAGAACCCAAGCCAACUUCAAUCUCUUUACAGCUUGCUGAUCGUUCAAUAACGUAUCCUAGGGGCAUAGUGGAGGAUGUCCUAGUCAAGGUAGAUAAGUUCAUGUUUCCUGCAGAUUUCAUUGUCCUUGACAUGGAAGAGGAUGACGAAGUACCCAUCAUACUAGGGAGGCCUUUCCUAGCCACAGGAAGAACGAUAAUAGAUGUUCAGCAAGGGAAACUCACACUAAGGUGUUGGGGAGGCAAAGCUGCUCGGGAGACAAUUGCAUAUCGAAGGAGUCACUUUUGA